GACUUCUGUCUGUUGCCGCCGAAGAAUGAUGGUGCGCGAACCAGAGGCUCCCAAGCCAGUCCUGACUAUUUAAUCUUGGCUCGCCUUGACCGUUACGCUGAAUGAUGUUACAAAUUUGCUCUCCUCACAUUUGCCUACCAUUUCGAUUGGAGCUGAGGCUGAUAUUUCCGUGAAUCCCGCAUCGGUCGCUCGCAACGUCACUUACGACCGUCACGAUUGAGGAGUAACGCUCCCGCCCAGAAGGCGUGAAGAUGACGACAGCGGACCUUCGCGUGGGGAACAAGUCCCGGAUCGGUCGCAAGAUCGGUUCUAGCUCGUUCGGCGACAUCUACUUGGGCACUAACAUCAUCUCUGGCGAGAAGAUUGCCAUCAAGCUCGAGAGCGUCAAGGCGAAGGACCCGCAUCUUGAGGACGAGGCACGCGUAUAUAAGUCGCUCGCUGGCGGCGUUGGCAUCCCAUUCGUUCGUUGGUUCGGCACCGAGUGCAACUCCAUGGUCCUUGACCUCCUCGGCCCAAGUCUGGAAGAUCUGUUCAACUUCUGCAACCGCAAGUUUUCGCUGAAGACUGUGCUGCUGCUCGCCGAUCAGCUCAUCUCCCGGAUCGAGUACAUCCACGCCAAGUCCUUUAUCCACCGCGACAUCAAGCCCGACAACUUCCUCAUGGGUAUUGGCAAGCGCGGUAACAAGGUCACUGUCAUCGACUUCGGUCUAGCCAAGAAGUACCGCGACCCUAAGACCCACUUCUACAUUCCCUAUAGAAAGAAUAAGAACUUGACUGGAACGGCUCGCUAUGCUUCGAUCAACACUCAUCUUGGUAUUGAGCAGUCCCGCCGUGACGACAUGGAGUCUCUUGGCUACGUCAUGCUAUACUUCUGCCGCGGCUCGCUCCCCUGGCAGGGCCUAAAGGCUGCUACCAAGAAGCAGAAGUAUGACCGCAUCCUGGAAAAGAAGAUGACAACGCCCACCGACGUCCUCUGCCGCGGCUUCCCCAACGAGUUCGCCAUUUAUCUGAACUAUACUCGGUCUCUCCGCUUCGACGACAAGCCCGACUAUAGCUAUCUCCGCAAGAUCUUCCGUAAUCUCUUUGUCCGCGAGGGCUUCCAGUACGAUUAUGUUUUCGACUGGACUGUGUACAAGUACCAGAAGAACGCGCAGUCCAUCCAGCAAGCUGCGGGCAACACGGCUAACCAGGCCGCGCAGGAUCCUAAGGACGCCCAGCAGGCCGGUCGCAAGGGCGCUCAGCAGACCUUUCAUCGCAGGCCGAGGAAGCAGAUUACCGGCGAGACCCCGGGCACCAACCGUGCCGUCGGUGGAAGCGACAGGAUGUGAGUGACUACCAAACCUAGACCAAAAGCAUUCCUAUUUGCGAUAAUAGGCUGCGCUCAGCUGCUAAAGUUCAGGGCGCUGGCUCGGGAUACGCUUCCAACAAGUACCGACCCAUGGACUGAUGCAUUGAAUGGCACUGGGAUUGGCGCCUCUUUUCGGGCUCUCUGCUGUUGCUGUUGAGAUGCUCGGUGGUGGUGGGGCCCGAAAUUACUGCGGAAGGAAGGAU